AUGUCCAAAUCAGUUCCUCACUCAUCAGCACUCGGCCAGCAACCGGUAUCUGAACAGGUCAGCAUGAGAGUCUUCAUCGCGCUGUGCGUGCUUGUGGCGGGAGCCGCCGCUAGUGGUAACUACGGAGGAAGCUACGGCACCAACGACAACGUAGGCAGUGUCGAUGCCGGCGAACAGCAGACCGGCUACGGACACACCUACGCCCCGGAGUUCUUCACCACGUCCGUGUACGGACCGAGGGCCGACGCCCGUGCUCACGGAUCCGGAUCAAAGCACGCCAGCGGCUCGUACGCGCGUGACGGCCAGGCGGCCGGCGCUGACUACGAGAAGGAUGAAGCCACGGCAGCAGAGACCGCCGCCAGGGCCAGAGGUUACGAGUACGGAUACAGAGAUGGAUACUCCUGGUACCAGCCCAAGACCCUGUACGCCUUCCAGUACAAGCAGCCAAUCAUCGGAUACAAGCAGGUGUACGGACAUAGAGUGAUCCGUCACGGAAACGGAGGUGGAUACGGAGGCGGAUACGGAGGCGGAUACGGAGGCGGAUCCGGAGGCGGAUACGGAAACGGCAACCUCGGCUAUGGAGCCAACCUCGGUGUGCACAGCGCUCCAUCCCCAGUUACCCACGGAGCCGUCUACAACACCGGCUACGGCCACGGCAACCAAGGAUAUGGUGGCAACCUUGGAUAUGGUGGCAACCUUGGAUAUGGUGGCAACCAAGGAUAUGGUGGCAACCUUGGAUAUGGUGGCAACCUUGGAUAUGGCCAAGGUCGCAUCCACUAAACACUUGCAACCAUCGGCAAUAUUAUUAUAGCCACUGCGUUGACAAGUUCACUGUGAUUAAAGUGUUAUAUUUAUUGUCAUACUUAUAGACACGACUAGCACCAUUAACUCCCAUGAUCAAGCGACCUACAGAUGCCAUACUUGUAAAUACGAACAUUUGAUGUGAAAUCGUUAAAAUAGUGUGUAUUUAUUCCUGCUAUUUAUUUUCUGAUAUUGAAUGCUAUUCAUGUUAAAUAAAUGAAAUGCAUAAAUA